CGUAACAAAAUGGCGGGAGUCAGUCUUUGAAUUUUACGCCGAAUUUUACCCUUAAUUUUACUUCAAAAUUUCCUCUUUAUUCCUCUCUUAAAGACUUAUACAUUUAAUUAUGGCAGCACAGCACGAAUUAUGCAAGACCCUAAAGACGUACGGUCCUAAGCCUAAAUCCUUUAAACUGGAGGAUGGUGAGGAGUACAUGCUUGGAUCAGAAGUUGGUAAUUACCUUCGUCUCUUUCGUGGUGACCUCUACAAGAAGUAUCCUUCGCUCUAUCGUAGAAAAAUGACAGCUGAGGAAAGACGUGUAGCAAGCGAACAGAUCGGCUACUCACAUUGUAAUAUCAGCAGUAAUGUCAUGAUGGUAAAGGUCUCCGAAGUUGAGGAACUCCUUUCGGGCUCUGAAGCUAAGUAUCGGACAGCAGCAGGUUUUGAAGGGACGUAUAUGCCAUCAAUUGAGCGGAGUCUCUCACAGCCUUCGUCUUUUUCUGCUCAAGGUUCCGUGAGUAGUCGUAACUCAAAGAAGACUUGGAUAUCGUCAAUUCCUAAUUAUUCCUUUCAUCUUGAUCCGGUUCCUAGUGCAACUUCUACUGCUCAUCAUAAACUCGUUGAGAGGAAACCUAAGAGUUCUCCAACUUUUUAUGAUGACAAAAACCCAGCUGCACUCUAUGAGGCUGCUGCUAUACAAGAAGUACUAGUCCCCAUUAGACUUGAUAUUGAUAUUGAGGGACAAAAAUUACGUGAUACCUUUACUUGGAAUAAGAGUGAUCCACUGCUGUCUGUGGAGAACUUUGCUCAAGUUUUGUGUGAGGAUCUAGAGCUGCCAACAAGCUCAUUUGCUCCAGCAAUCAUUCAGUCCAUCAAACAACAGAUUGAUAACUUCACCACUGAUGUAAUACCACAAGAUGAAGAAGAUAGAAGAGUCAUCAUUAAACUCAAUAUACAAGUAGGUAAUAUAUCACUAGUAGAUCAAUUUGAAUGGGAUUUAUCCAAUCCACUUAAUGUACCUGAGGAAUUUGCAAGGAAACUAUGCCAAGACUUGGGACUCGGAGGAGAUUUUGCUACUGCUAUUGCUUACAGCAUACGAGGGCAACUAAGCUGGCAUGCAAAGACAUAUGCAUUUAAUGAGUCUCCUCUUCCUCCCAUUAAGUUUCCAGUACGCACUCUCUCUGAUGCAGAGACAUGGGGUCCAUCAAUCCAAAUACUUACUGAUGCAGAGAUGGAAAAGAAAAUGAGAGACCAAGACAGGAACACUAGAAGAAUGAGGAGACAGGCUGGACCCAGUUGGUGACAUUCAAACAUACUCACUCUCUUCCUCUCUCUCUUUUACUCAUUCAUUUGAUAAAUCAAUUUCCAUUAUUAACCGAUGAAGCG